AUGCUCUGGUGGACCAAUUACUUGAGGCCUGUCAUUAAACGUGACAACUUCUCCCUUCAAGAGAAACACACCAUCCUUGAAUUGCACAACCUCUUGGGCAACAUGGCAUUUUUUGCUUCUAAACCUCUUACUCCCCUUUCCCUUGCCCACGACCAUUAUAUUAUACUUUCUUUUCAAAUUAAAAAAACCAAAACACAUGACCAUUUUGGCUUUUGA